AUGCUUUCUGAGUUCGUUGUAGUUGAAGUUCGUAUCGAAAAAACAACUUAUAUAAAGAGUCUAAUAUUGGAAGUAGAUAUUGUUGAAAUGUUGAGAAGUUCCAGUUUUGAAGUAAUUCAUAUUAGG